GCACUCUCCCGUCUCCUCUCCUCCUCUGCACCGGGGCUUGCGUUUCAUGCCCAAAGCCCUGAUCUGCGCUCCAAAAAUAACCCUCAGCCAGCAUGCCGAAGGAAGCAAAACAAGAAGAGCGGUAUUUUUAGGGUCAUUAAUUUUGACCACGUGGCCCGAAGGUAAACCGGAUGGCCGUUGCGCAAAGGCUCCUCGUCAGUAUGUCCUGCGAGGCCGGCACGCCGCACUGGACGCUGACCGCGGUGGUUCUCCUGGGCUUUCUGCUGGGGAUCGUGUCAGCGUACCCUUUACCGAGCAGCAGGACAAAUGCAACUUUACUGGAGAAAAGAUGGGAGACCCUCUUCUCCCGCUCUGUAUUGGGGAUCUCCGGGGAGAAACCGGAGCUGAACUGGGAGACUGACUAUCUGGUGGGCAUCAAAAGAGUGCGGAGGCUCUACUGCAACGUGGGCAUCGGGUUUCACCUUCAGGUCCUCCCCGGCGGCAGGAUAAACGGUGUACAUAAUGAGAACCAGUACAGUCUAAUAGAGAUCUCCACGGUGGACAGAGGAGUGGUGAGCCUAUAUGGGGUGAGGAGUGAGUUGUUUGUCGCAAUGAACAGCCGUGGGAGGUUAUACGGAACGACAGUCUUCCAUGACGAGUGCCAGUUCAAGGAGAGCUUGCUCGCCAACAACUACAACGCCUACGAGUCUCUGGUUUACAGAGGCUCCUACAUAGCACUCAGCAAGCAUGGCCGCGUGAAGAGGGGCAACAGGGCCACCACUGCCAUGACUGUAACGCACUUCCUACCCCGAAUAUGAUGAGCAAAAUCUGGCAAUAACAAACUCUUUUGCACAUGUGGAUUAUUUCCCAGGUAACAUAAAUAGCGUAUACGUACGUACAAACACAAAAGACAACAUGGACUGUAAAAGAAAGAAAUACCACUAUAUCUGAUAGUAUUUAUUCAAACUUUAUAUGUAUAUUUGGGUAGCUUCCUUUGUAUUAGAAAUUAUGGAAAUGCCAUUCGUUGCUGCUUAUAUGAUUUUCAUUAUUUUGUGAUAUGACGGGGAUGGAGAGGUGUCAUGUGUCCCCUCAGUUUAUAUGGGCGCUUGCUGGAAUUGGCUGAGUCCUCGCCCUGCCAGUGGAUGACAGCUCAUCCUUGUGAAAACGAAAUGGAUACGUUAUUACCUCAAAGCACCAUUUCCCCGCAAAGUAGAAGGGGAAGAAGAUAAAGAGAAAUGUGUGCAUGCAAUUUCUACAGAGAAGAAUGCCUGUUUACUGAAAAUGUUUUUUCGUUGUCAUCCAUCAAGGAUUCGAGCGCUUGUCUUCAAUUGUCUCUGUCACCGUCAGGGAAACCAGGACACUUGCAAAAAUGGCGGUGUUUUUUUGUUGUUGCUUCGUCAUGAGGUGUCGGGGCUUUGGAUUCCCACUUGCGGCCCCCUUGCCAUCGCAUACGAGAAACAUGGUGCUCAAGUCAGAAAUAGGAACGAGACGCAAGUCUUCACUCCCUCAGACACCACCGGGAGGCUUUAGCCCAAUUCCGAGAGGGCCAGAGGUUUCUCCACUUUAUUUUAUUUCCAUAAUUAGAUCAAUUAAGUAAUUGAGACUCUAUGCUGCACAGGCACCCAAUGGAGCCUCUUGUUAAUAUGGAAAGCUUGAUUUACAGUCAGCACUCAUCCGCCCCUAUCAUAUCCAAGGGAGCUUUGACAAUCCCAGGUUUUACUUUCACACCUUUUGUAGCUGGGUCAUCGGGCCAGACUGAGUGUGCGACUGUGUAGUAAAUAUGUGGGCAUGCUUUUUUUUCAAGUAUAUAUGUGGACUUGCUCAGUUUGAGAGCUUCUCAAUUUGAAAGGCUUUCCCCUCAUUGUUGGAGGUCAAAGUCUGUGUAACAGGAUAUCAUAGACCCUAUGAAGCCAAAUGUCCUCCAUUUCUGUCUGCUGUAUAUUUCCCUCCAGUUCAAAUUGAGUUCUGUUUCAUCAUCGGAAUCUGUCGCAUCUGGUUUGUAGCCUUGCGAGUUUAUUCGAUUUCAGUUUUGAAAAUGAGUUUUGAAAAUGAGUUUUGAAAUUGUCGACUUUAUAGGAAAAAUGAAGAUGGGAGCGGUUUGACUUUCACACAGGUUUGAUGAUAUUUGGCACUUAAAGUACAACGUUUUAGAAGACAUUAGUGCUGCGACAGUGGAUAUCAAUGAGUGGUCAAUGCACUGUACUGCUUCAUUCAUUUGAAAUAGUGUAGCUACUCUAGUUAGCUUUAUAGGGAACUGGAACCGCUUCAGACUUCAUGAUCCUGGGAUAUGUGAACAAUACUUCAGGUAACUCAGUCCGUCUGACAUUUAGAUGAUGUGGAUUGCGCUCAUUGGUCCCAGAUUUCUAAGCUACUUAUGCAUUAUUCAGAUUGGCCGCUGAAUCACAGGAUGGCUUCUUGUGAAAGAAAAAAAAAGAACGAGCAACGUGCAAAAAAAGCAGUGAACCAAAGGGUCAUAAUAGCGAUGUUCACCCGGGCUUUGUUUAUGCAGCAUACCAUACUUGAAUCCAACAACUGCUCGCGCUCCUCUUUCAGAUACCGUGAGUUUCCAUUGUGGAGACGGACGGGGGUGAGGAGGACAAAGAGCACGCAGAGUUGAAGAUAGCAAUGAUGCACAGAUGACUUGGAUGGCACUCAGCAUGUGGCACUUGUUGUUUGUUUAACUUGGCGAGGAUGUGAGUAAUGUGGGGUAAAAUACCUGAGCAUCAGACCAGCUCGUCGGUUGGUGUCAGACUGGACGCUCAGCACAGGGCCCUGGGAUUCUUGUCCCAUUCAAUGAGCCAUUUUUGUACCAAGGUUGACGAUAUGCGCUUUCUGCCCUUUGUGUUACGGAUGCAGGCAUGUUUUCUGGUCCAUCUCCGUGGCUUUUUGUUUUUUUACAAAGCGCUGCACCUGUUGUUUCCUGUUCAAGACAUGAAUGCUUGUCUUGUAAUGUGCAAUGAGGAUAUGAAUGACUCUGGCCCUUUCUCGUACUCCUGAGCGGAGUCUAUUUAAUGUGGAAAUGUGGUGCGUGUGAGCUAGAUGUUAAAUGAUUUUGGAUUACGUUAUUCUAUUUUGGUACUUGACCUGCAAUAUUCUGUAAGUAGCAUAUAAUUGAAGGAAAGUACCAAGGCUAUUAUAGAUAUAUAGUUAUCAUAUUUUACCUCAUGCCCUAUCUAAUAUUACUGUAACGCAUUGACAAAAUGUCUGUGAGCUAUGGCCUACGUGCCCUUUAAGCUCCAGCUUAUGUCUAGUAGCAGAGACAAAUGUGCAGUAUCUGUUUGUAAGCAUGUGUGUGUGUGUGUUUCUGCCAAAGCGACAGUAGAGAUGGUAUCGGAUGGAGUUACCUUGAGUCAGGAUCAACAGGGCAUUGUCUGACGGCCUGCUCUCUCCUCAAGGCCAGAGGGAUGUCUGGUUUGAGCUGGUCGUCAUGUAGCAAAAGGCCACUUCAAAAGAAUCAAACGCUUCCAGGAAAGGGACACUUGAGUGAAGCGAGUUGUCCGGUAAAUCCUGUGAUCCGAGAUAACAACUGUCGAGUCCCAGGAUGUCACGUUUAAUGUUUUUGAGUAUUUACACCUUUGAUAAUUGAUUUUUCCUUCAGCAGCUUAUUACUCAUUGUGACUAUUGCGCCUGUAUUUAUUACAUCAGAUGUUUUUUUGUUUUUUUCUGGACUGACUUUGUGGCAGUGUGGAUUUGGCUGGAGAGGUAUUUUGGCGUAAUUUGUCAAAAUAUUUUUUUUAUGGAGUAAUAUUUACUGAGCAUGGUUAGAUGCUGUUUUCCCUUGCUAAGCUUUCAUAAAAACAAGCUCACAUGCAAGAUCACAACCACUUAUUUUGAUGACAACAUUGUGAUUAUUACUGGAUGUCAUUUCUGAUUUAUUAUGGUAUGUUUCAGAGGACACUGUCAGCACAACAAGCAAUGAGUUGAGUGGGAAUUGUAAAGUUACACUGGCUCCUAAAGUAGUAAACUUUGAUACGUUGUGUCGACCUAAAGCACCUCAGCUGGCAUCAGAUUCCCAAAGCUUGAGAAAAAUGCAACCGUUGCAUGAUGUUGUUUCGAGAGGAAGAAAAAGGUUGUACGAUAUAGAUAAAGCUGAGAGAAGGUGUAUUACUGGUAGACCAUCUUUCACACUUAAGUCUGCAUUAUGCAUAUAGAGAAUAAACUAGGUUUGUUUAAGGAACCAGUGUCAUUGUGCUUCUCAUACCUGUUCAGCUGGUUAUAAAAUGUGUUGGUUCACAGGGAACUGGAGGUCUGUGGGAGGAUCUGGGAUCAGACUAAUGUGUGUCAGAGUGUGUACAUGUGUGUGUCUGAGUGUGUGCGUGUCCCUGUGUGCCAGCAGCCUUUGUGUUUCUCUCUCAGUUUUCUAUUCCUGCACUGAGGGGAGAGUGCUUCUUCUGAGUCCCCCUCCUCUUUUUUAACAUAUACCUCACCUUCUGCCUUAGUUCCGAUUAUUGAAAUGAUUGUAAAUUAGUUUGAGACAACAGACUUCUCCAAUCAUUUGUUUCUGACAAAAAAUAAUGAUGAUGAUGAGUAAGUAAAAUACUAUAUUACAAAUGGUUUUCCUUUUAUUUUUGUACGUAUGUGCUGUGCACAGCAGUCAACUGUAUUCCUGAGAUGAUAAUAAAAGACGUUUUGU